ACUAUUCCACGUCUCCUAGUUUUUCAACAAUUGGUUUCUUCAUAAUCAAGUACCACGAUUAUUAAACGACAACAACAGCACCAGAAUCCGAAACCCUUUCUGCAAUAUAAAGGUUGUGUCUGUCAAAAACACGAGCUUCUUUCUUCUUCCCUCACAAGUGGGUUGUUGUGUGUGAUCAUACGACGAAUACAGACAUACACAGAUGCAGCGAACAACAUAAAGAAGAAGAGAAAGUGAUAAUCACACACAAUAUGACCAUGGAUCGGUUUUCUCAGAGCAGUUCAGACUCACCUAACAGAGACACCAAAGUGUUAUCCAUAGAGUGUUUGAAGGGAAGUUCCAAAGCCGACGAGUGGACCGGUGACAUGCUUCAAACCGGUGACAUCGUCGAAGAGCUUCGAAUCGGAGACUCCCCCAACGCCCUUAUCCGCUUCAAAUCGCCCUUCAAAAACGGCAAAACCGCCGUCAACAAAAUCCUCCAAGACUCUUACAAGAAGAAAGAAACCUCAAUCCUCGUUCGAGUUCGACGUGGACCCAACGACUUCGCCGAGUUGCAGGCCUGUAUCGUUCCCAAUGAUUCCUCCGGGAAGAAGCAGUACGUUCUCCGUUCCAUCACCGACCCUAACUACGUCGUUGGCUUCCUUGAUCGAACCGAAUCCGAGUGUUUCCAACUCCAAGCUUCGAGGAACACCAGAAUGGUAAAUGCACUAACCAGGACACGGUUACAAGAUGGAUAUGUUUCGUAUCCAUGGGAGAGGAAGAUGCAGGAGUUGCUGCCAGUUCCCACUUCUAGCAAUUUUCUUUCCAUAUUACUUCUUCCCAAAGUUUCAGAUCGAAUAGCUUUUCGCUACAACGAUGUAGAAGACACGCUAGCCAGGGCAAAUACGUGGUUGAAUGCAGCUCAGGCCUCAGGGGUGCCUAUUGUCUUUAUGAACGUCCAAACCGAGUCCCUACUUACUAAGAUAUCUGGAGAGACAGCUUCUUCCACUGUAAAUGCAGGGUCGUUAUCUGACUUAUCUAACCUUGCAAAUGUAAGUCUUUAUGGCUUUGAGGAUUAUCAUGGAGUGGACAUUGGUGUUGUUAGAGCAGUUCGGCUCUGGUAUGCUCCAAUUGGAGGAGAGUUCACAGUUGAGAUAAAACUAAAAGAGGAUGACACAAAGCUUGGCUUUGGCAUUAGUCGAACAGAAGAGGGUUUUAUUUUCAUCUCAACAGUUACUGAUGAGGGCCAAGAAAAUGUACCUGCCACGCGUUCAGGACUGAGCAAUCUGUACAAAGCAGCAACAGAUACAUCGAGGUUGCUGGUAGUGUCUAGGAUUUCAAAUCAGAGAGUCCUUCCAUGGAUGGUAUCUUCAACAGGAGCCAUCAGGUGUUAUGACACUGUUUCCUUGAGCCAGAAACUCUCCUUGCAUAGACACACCAAAGUUCCUAUUCUCCUUCACGUCUUCCUUUGGGACGGAGCAUUGGCCUCAUCAAGUGUAGCAAGUACAAGAUUGAGUAACAUGUCUACCUCAGUGUUGCGCCGUCCAAAUGAAAACCAAAUUUCUGAUGCAGGUGGCGGUGUCAGUGGUAAUGGAUCCCUCUCAAUGCAGCUUGGGAGAGACACAGUUGGGGAUCUCUCAUUCAGAUUCAGUAACUUCUCCACUUUCAACAACUGCGUAUGAAAUUAACGCAUUAUAACAUCAUAGGAACUUUUUCCAUGUUGUUUCUAUUAUGAGCCUCUUUUACCUGUUGUACAUACACAAUGAUACAUACUGUUGCUUCUAUAUUCAGGGCUUUUGUAGAUUUGAGAGCUUGUUUUUGCUUCAUUAGUUUGUUCACAGAAACAAUUAAAGAAUCUAGAAUUGGUAGUUGAAA